UUACUAGCAAACGUUCCGCGCUACCGUUGUUCGGGGUGUCUCUAGCCUGCAUUGUAUUGUUGCAGCAUAAACUAGCCAGGUAAUAUUCCGAGCUUAGAGUAAUAUCAAUAUGCCUUGUACGAAACCGUUGAACAUUGACACGUCCCAACCCGUUUUGGUGACGGGUGCAACUGGCUACGUUGCCGGCGUCUUGAUCCAGCAGCUAUUGGAAGCCGGCGUGACGGUCCACGCCACGGUCCGCGAUCCUUCGCAGACGGAACGCGUACAAUACCUGCAAGAUCUCGCGGACCAGAGCGGUUCCGGAACGAUCCGAUUCUUUCGGGGAGAUCUCUUGCAGGAAGAUAGCUUUGACGAAGGCAUGAAAGGAUGCGGAAUUGUCUUUCAUACGGCAUCACCUUUCCAGUUGGACUACAAGGACGCGUACCACGAUCUCGUCCAACCAGCCGUCCGGGGAACGCAAAUUGUUUUCCACACGGCAUCUCGGACGCCGUCGGUAAAGCGGGUUGUCUUGACCUCCUCCUGUGUCGCCAUUUACACCGACAUUUCCGAAUGUGACGCUGUCAACAACAAGUCACUCAACGAAGAGACCUGGAAUCGCACUGCCUCUCUCGAUUAUCAGCCCUAUUCCUUGAGCAAGACGCUGGCGGAACAAAAAGCCUGGGAGAUUGCCGGAAGUCAAACGGCCUGGAAAUUGGUAACGAUCAAUCCAUCCCUAGUCUUUGGUCCGGGAGUCAAGUACCACGAAUCGUCCACUUCCUUUUCCCUGAUGAAACAGCUCGGGGACGGUUCCAUGCCGCUCUGUCCCAAUAUGGGCAUGGGUAUGGUGGAUGUUCGAGAUGUGGCGGCGGCGCACAUUGCGGCCGCCUAUCUCCCCGAAGCCUCCGGCCGUCACGUUUUGUCCGGACACAAUAGCAGCCUCUUGACCAUGGCGCGACUUUUGAGUCCGAAAUUCCCGGAUUACCCCGUUCCGACCAGGGCCGUGCCAAAACCGCUGCUCUGGUUGCUGGCGCCGUAUUUACCGGGAGGCAUGUCGCGUCGGUACGUUUGGAACAAUAUCAAUGUGGAAGCUAGCUUCGAUCAUACCAAGUCGGUGAGCCAACUAGGUAUUCAAUAUCGUCCCUUGGACGAAACAGGUGCGGACAUGUUCCAACAGCUUGUCGAUCUUGGCGUCCUCACGAAGAAGUAGCGGAGGAAUAGCUGGUCGUACGCGAUCCAUUCUUUGCGGAAAAGAUUUGAAAUUUUAGUGUUUGAUGGAGAGCCGUAAAAAAGACCGUAAUUUUCUAGAUGUAGGUUUUACUACCUGGUU